CGAGUGUCCCAAAUUCACGUCAGACACACAUUUGUAAUCUGCUGAAUAUUUAAUUAUUUACACAUAUUAUUUUUGUUAUCGUAUAUAAAUAAAGUAAUUGCAAUAAGCGCACCCAAGUCUUGCAGUUCUGUACUUUGGAGGUGACGAAACUGAGCCCAAAGUUAGAAGGUGUUGUUUAUUAAGUAUUUUGAAAGUCAAACUCUGAAAAUGUCUCACAAGGCAUUAGACUACGAGUCACUGAAUGAAAACGUCAAGAACUGUCAGUAUGCAGUCAGAGGGGAACUCUAUCUCCGUGCUUCCGAGCUUCAGAAAGAAGGCAAAAAAAUCAUUUUCACCAACGUUGGGAACCCUCAUGCGUUAGGACAGAAGCCUCUUACGUUUCCUCGCCAGGUGGUUGCUCUAUGCCAAGCUCCGUUUCUCCUAGACAAUCCAAACGUUGGCAUGAUAUUCCCAGCAGACGCUAUUUCAAGAGCUAAGCAUUAUCUUUCCUUGACCUCUGGUGGUCUUGGUGCUUACAGUGACUCGAGAGGCCUUCCAGGAGUUCGAAAGGAAGUUGCUGAGUUCAUCCAACGGCGUGACGGGUAUCCAAGCGACCCGGAACUCAUAUUUCUAACUGAUGGAGCUAGCAAAGGUGUCAUGCAAAUCUUGAAUUGUAUCAUACGCGACCAGAAAGACGGUAUUCUGGUUCCAGUUCCACAGUAUCCACUCUACUCAGCUACCAUAUCUCUGUUAGGAGGCACUCUUGUUCCUUACUAUCUCGAAGAGACUGACAACUGGGGGCUUGAUGUUAACAAUCUUCGCCAGUCUGUUUCUCAGGCUCGCUCUCAAGGGAUAACAGUAAGGGCAAUGGUGAUCAUUAACCCCGGAAACCCUACCGGUCAGUGUCUCAGCGAGGCUAACUUAAGAGAGAUAUUGAAGUUCUGUUGUGACGAGAGAUUGGUUCUUCUUGGAGACGAAGUGUAUCAGCAGAACAUAUACCAAGAUGAGAGACCCUUCAUCAGUUCCAAGAAAGUUUUGAUGGAUAUGGGAGCACCGUUAAGCAAAGAAGUUCAGCUCAUAUCUUUCCACACAGUUUCCAAAGGAUACUGGGGUGAAUGUGGGCAACGAGGUGGUUACUUCGAGAUGACUAAUAUCCCUCCUAGGACUGUUGAGGAGAUAUACAAGGUUGCAUCUAUAGCUCUUAGUCCCAACGUCUCUGCUCAGAUAUUUAUGGGUUUAAUGGUUAGUCCACCAAAGCCUGGAGACAUUUCUUAUGACCAAUUCGUUCGUGAAAGCAAGGGAAUACUAGAGUCACUGAGGAGAAGAGCAAGGAUCAUGACUGAUGGGUUCAACAGCUGCAAGAACGUGGUAUGUAACUUUACUGAAGGUGCAAUGUAUUCGUUUCCUCAGAUAAAGUUGCCGUCCAAGGCAAUCCAAGCGGCGAAACAAGCUGGUAAAGUCCCUGACGUUUUCUACUGCCUCAAGCUCUUAGAAGCCACGGGAAUCUCCACUGUUCCUGGCUCUGGAUUUGGACAGAAAGAAGGGGUGUUUCAUCUGCGGACAACGAUUCUGCCUGCAGAAGAAGAGAUGCCAGAGAUUAUGGAAAGUUUCAAGAAGUUCAAUGAUGAGUUCAUGUCUCAGUACGGUGAUAGCUUUGGUUACUCAAGGAUGUGACAGACAUUAUUAUUAUCAAUGUACUCUCUUGAAAAGCUAUAUAGCCACUGUUCCUACUUUGCACAACUUUUCUUUUGGUUUUAGAAUCCUUUGUAUCUACUGAAACAAACAAACAUAAACCAUCUCAUCAGUUUCAUCUCUCGAGUGAUGUACUAAAAUGUUCUAUCAGACAUCUUUAAAGAAAGAGAGUUUUUAUGUUUUUA